CUCCCCACGUCUUAGUCCCUCCCACCCCAGAUGCGAGCGGAGGAGGUGAGGGAGAGACAUGAGGAUAGAGGAGUUGAGGCAAGGCUGAAAAUCAAUCAGCACCCAUUUACAAAUGCCUAAACAGCACUGUUCCCGUGCUCCAAAUACACUUUGACAGGGAACAAGACCUCCUACAUGAUUACCGUCUCAGCUGUGAAUCACUGGAGGCCUUGACAUGGCGUCUGCCACCUGGGAGGAGACAGGCCUGGGGACACCAUAUAACUAUACUGAUAACCGUGUACUGGCUCACACACGGUUUAUCAUACAGUGUGGUGUCCUGGGCCUUUCAAGUUCCUAAAGUGACUGUCUGCAGGCAGGUGCACAAGGGGGCUGGGAAGAUUGCUGCUCUCUGCCAUGAGUUGUUUGUACUGCCUGCUGCUUCAGAGCUGGAGGAGAUCAGGCAGUGCUUCCAGCACUUGGCAAACAGCCCUGUCUUUCUGAAGUAUGUGGAUGCCAUUGACGGGUGCCACAUACGUGUGAAGACCCCCUUCUGGACCCAGUGUCCAGGAUUACAUCAACUGCAAGCUCUUCCCAUCCAUUCAAUGGUAGGUGGUGUGUGAUAGGAAGGGCCGGUUCCUCAAUACCUUUGUGGGAUAUCCUGGGUCGGUGCGUGACACCCGUGUCCUGAAGAACAGUGGACUAUUCAAAGAGGCUCUGUACCCUCCCUCAGGGUAUUUCAUUGUGGGGGAUGGUGGCUACUGACCAGCCUAUAGCCAUCAUCACCAAGUAUCGGGAGCAAGUGCAUGGGAAGGUACAGAGCCGCUUCAGUCAACACCAUGCCAAAGCCCACAACAUAAUAGAGCGGGCCUUUGGCAUAAUGAUGGUGCGAUGGAGGUGCCUACUAUUUAAGGCCUUGGAGGUGAACCAUACAUUUGCUCCUGUGGUCAUCACUGCUUGCUGUCCCCUCCACAACAUUUGUCUCACUACAGGAGAUAUCCUUGAGCCCACUGAAGAGGUUGAGGAGAUUGAUGUGCCUCAACCCCAUCCAGUGAGGGGCAAACGAAGUAGACAUGGCCGGCGAGAUAGACUGGCAAACCAACUCUCUGGUCCUGACCAUAACCCUGUAGAGUUGAAUGAACAUGAUUUGUGAGAUUUUGUUAAUUUAUGGCCAGUUAUUUUCUUUUGGAUGUUAUGUUUCUUUUGACAGAAAAGAACUUCUGAGCACUGGCCACAUGCAUAACUUUUUUUCAUUAAUGUAAUUUCCCAUUAAACCAUGUGCAAGUUUAUUUAGAGCCCUUUUUUACUGUUACAAUAUCAAAGGCCUUUAUAGACCCACAGGUUAUUAUUAAAAAUUGUAUGGGAUGUUAAAAUAGGCUAUCACAUCGUCUCGUGAUGAGCAGUUUUACGUUCAGUGUUGAUAUUGAGUCAUGUUGCAUUACUGUGCGCAGGGUAAAGGUUUUUCUUAUGGGCAGAACUAUUUGAGAUUAGACUCAAGAAUCCGAAAAUGUGUCAAUGUGCUGAUGUUCAGUUUUAAUAUGACCAUGAUCACCUCUGAUGUCAGUGUGAAUUUAGGUAUUAAACGUAUUUUUUUUGUCUGGACUUGAAUUCCAAAAAAAGCUUCUUGAUUUGUUUGCAACAUGCUUGAUUUUAAUCACAAGAAAAGUGAACAUAAACCAAAGUAAGUCAUCGAGCUUUAAAAAAAAAAAAAAAAAAAGCACAAAGAACAAAACACUAGCUUUUUCUCACUAUCUUUUCAAAAAGGUCUAUGAACCUCUGUAUUUUCUUGCAUGGCCUGGUGAUUUCGGUUGAAGCGCUCCUCCUCCUUUGCUGCCUCCUCCUCUAAAAACUGCAGGACCUGGAAGCGCCUUUUUUUGCGGGGAGGGCGACUGGCAGAGGUGGAUGGCUCAAUAUCCUCUAAACGGCUGUCUGAGUCAGACUCAAGGGCCUCCUCAUCCUCCACUGUCUCCUGGCUCUGGGCAGCCUCACUGGAUGUUGAGCCACUGCCAGAGGCCACAGCAUCCAUACUUGACAAAGUGUCUGCUGGGUCCAUGACAAUGGGAGGAUCAAUAGAUGGCCUCCCACCGAUGGCCUCAUGCAUAGCGGAAAAAUAUGGCCAUGUAGCUGCUGUGGCCUCUCCCCUGUCAGUCCCCGUCCCCGCUGCGGGGCAUCUCAACUCCUACAGGAACACAAGCAAGGUUAAAGUUAUCCAACAGUUCAAUGAGCAGACAUAAAAAAUACUGCACAGACAAACAUGAAUCCAAGGGGAAACAUCACAUAUCAGUGAGCAUUUACCAAUAACAUUUUAACCAUACCUUAUAUUUAUGUUUUAGGUUGUCCCACUUUUUGCCACUUGUGUGGGGGUGACGUGCAAGGGCCAUCUUCUGAAGAAUUUCCCUGUGUGAUACAAGAGAUGUGUCAGCAAGUAGUUUAGGUUAGUAAUAGGUUUACAGCCACAACAGGUGUCAACUCACAUGUAAAUAGCAAUUGCUAUUGAAUUUACGAGUUUCAGUAGACAUCAUUAAGAUACCAAUUGUCGGCACCAAUACAUAAAGGCUAUAGAUCAUAUUUUUACAGUCCAGAAAAAUGUCUGUGUCAACACUGACAUGUAGAAACAGUUCAAGGUUGCAAUGAACAUUAAUAGCAUAUGCUGAAAGCACAACAGUUACAAAUUACAGUAUCGUGCACUACAUAGAAAUUCAGUAACUCACUCCUAGGCUUUUUUUGGCUGUGUGCCUUCUGCCUGUAAACAGGUGAUCAUUUUCUGCCCUUAGCCUGAUAAGGUUCAGCGUUUCAUCAUCAGUCCCUGUAAGAAAUGAGAAAGUAAAAUCUGGUCACAAGACUAUACUUUUGGAAUAAUGGGCAAUUGACUAUAUGACAACAUGAACGUUUAAAAGUAGGCUUAAAACUUUCCUUUUUGAUAAAACUUAUAGUUAGGACCGACCAAGCUCGCCUUGGACCAGCCCUUAGUUAUGCUGCUAUAGGCUUAGACUGCCGAGGGACUUCCAGUGAUGCACUGAGCUCCUCUCUCGUCUUCUCCAUCUGUAUGUAUUCUUUUACCAUUAAUGCAUGUUACUAACUUGACUUCUUCCCCGUAGUUCUUUGUGUUUUCUCAUCCGCAGGAAACCCCAUGAACCAUGCUCACGUGUUGACGUCCUUCUUCUGUCCUUCACCAGCUGUUCCUGCUAUUGUUGCUGCUAGUCAUGUAUCAUGUAUGCUACAAACAAAGGCAGGCACGAAUCUUUCUUAAAGGGGCGCCAUCUAACAGCAUCUGUGGCUCUACCUGUCCACACUUUCAUUCAAUAAGAAAUGCAAUGAUUAUAUUUACAUAUUUACAAAAUCACAAUAACAAAAAUCUAUUUCAGCUCUACCAACUAAUACAACUUAUAAACACAAAAGGAACACUUACAUUUGUAGAGUCCUGCUCCUGCCAUGGUUUGUAUAUUCCAGCUGUGUGUCACGCCUCUUUUAUACCCCACUGGUGUUGAAAACCCUCCGCAAAGGAUACACUUGUGCGUCAUCGCCCAUAGCUUCACCAGCAAGCCUCCUCUCUCCUUGAGAUGCAUUUUAGGAAUUGAGACAUCCUUAAAAAUGAUGCGCUGAGAUCGAUUUCUGGGUCUUGGGAGGAAGGCAGGAGGACGGAGGAGAGAGGAGACGAGGAGGCACAAAAUAGAGAAACAAGAAGAGCCCAGUGUGUCUCUGUGCUGCUCAGGCGGCUGCUGACAGGAUUUCCAUAACAAAAUGAUGCCUGACAUUCACUAACAGAUCAGUUGGACAAGCUAUGACUAAUUUAGCUUAUAAAUAAUGUUCAUGUCUUAUUGACACACACAGGAGCAGCAGGAACCGAAGAAUAAUUCUUUAUUUAGGAUAUGCAGGCACGGCAAAACUGAACAAACAAAACAAUGCAGAGCAGAACAAAAAAAGAUCCAACAAGACUGAACUGAAACACAAGACUGAAAUACUAACUAAACUAACGAGUUUAGGUGAACUGUGGGAGAAAAGGGUGAAAGCGGUGGAGAAACUCAAGGGGAAUGAGGAGAUGAAACAGGAGAAUGAGAAAGAAGCUGAUAGGCUGGGGAAAACAAUGGGAAAAGUGCAGUGAUAACGAGGCCCAUGCAGGGCAGGUGUGGAGGGAAAGACAGAACAGACACGGGAAGAAAAACCCAGAGCAGCAGAAAACCAAGAAACCCUCUUCAUGAUUAACCAACAUACAUAAACCAUCUAAGAAUAUACAUGAAUAUAACCUAAAUACACAGGUACACUAUAACCUGCAAACCCUCUUAUUUACAAUUUAAUGAUGUAGUUCAAAAGUGGUACACAGAGGCUGUAAAUGCAGAUUACUCAAAUCUACAGAAACAAAAGUUAAACUCCCAGUCACAUUUCACCUGUAGUGUGAAAGUAAACUUCAAUGUCCUGCACAAGGACCGUCUCCCACUCAGUCCAGUAUAACAAACAGGGAAAAAGUCUGAGGGUAUUUGGUGGACUGGUGGACAAUGGCAACAAAGGAAUAUAGAGCCAGAAUGGGACAGAACCAUAAAAUUAAAUAAUAAAUAUUUUUCACACUAAUUUCAAAUGUAAAUAUUUGCAUUGAUUACAGAACAUUCUUAUUAACUAGAAGCUGUUUUCAAUUCUUUGACAUUUGAAACAUUUAAACUGGAAAUACUAAUUGCUUCAGAUUCACCACAGUUCAUUCAUCACCAGCUCCACUACUGCUACUGCCCAGCUGCAGCUAGUCGUCAGAGGAUUAAACAGCUUGAUUUUGAGAGUUACCAGAUCAUCAGGUCAGCUAUCCUACAUAUCCUGCUCUGUAACUCUUUAUCAUAAUUACCCAUGUUUUGCAGAAAACACACACACCUGGCAACUGGACAUUAAUCUUACUGUUAAUAUGUGGAGUUAAAAUAGAGAAAUCAUUUGAGAUUGGUAAAAAAAAAAAAAAAAAAGUAAGGACAAUUCAGCAACACCUGUGUCCUUCCUGUCCAUACCAAAAUCUACGCCUAUGGUAAGAUCAUAAAAGAUUUAAAAAACCAAGGAGGUAGCUGCAAGAGCUGCCUUUUUUGCUCAGAGGAUGCAGUUGCUGUUUCAGCUGGGGAUUCAACUCUGACACUGAAACACGCUCUCCCCUUCACAAAAUCUUCAAGGUUUCUGAGAGCAUUAAUAGCGAGACCGAACAUGGGUAUUCAUCAGCGUUCAGGCACAUUCAGGUCCCUCCUAGAACACAGAAGACAGUGGUUGCAGCUCCUCUCUGUUCAGAGAGUCCCUCAAACAUGUAAAACAUAGUUCCACCUUGUCUCAGCUUCUUGGAUUACUUUCUGCUAUCUUUAGCUGCUUUUCCAUUUUCUCUCUUGUGACAGAAUGCUCCAGCAGCAUUCCAUUUCCACUGGUUGUCAGGUAAAUCAGUCACAUUUUUAAAGGAAAUCUUUCACAACCAAAUCCAAGGUGAGCGCAAAACAUGGAUAAUGAGUCCAGCCUUCUUUUUGUGCAGCAGAGACAAUGGAAGUCAGCAGCAAUUAUGUUUUCCAGCCUUUCUGUUAUGGACAGAGCUCUUUGUGAGUCAUCUUUCAAAAUAGCUGCCUAUAUCAUCCUGAGCUGAGCUUUCCUGCCUUUUACUGUUUGUUUACUGGUUGUAACAGCAGCAACUGAUGAGUGAUUGCAAUAUUUCCUCAUGUACGCUCAUAAGGUAGCCAUGAUGUGCCUUUCGAACUCUUGUAUUAAGCUGUUUUUCUUUUCUUGUAAUCAACCCUAAUAUAUUUGAACAAACAGCAAAAGUGUACCACCUCUCACAGUUAAUUAUAUUAUCACCACCGAGUGAGUAAAAAGGUUAAAUUAUGCUACAUUUUAACAGAGCAAAGGGUGUUGAGAGUUAGGCAUGGCAAUGUGUGUUGCUGAGGGGAAGACAAAUGGUAAGACAGGACAGAAUGGGAAGAUAUAAAACCCACUAUGACAGCCAGUUUCUUCCUUGACAGUUGGUAGCUAUAAUGAUCUGAUUUUGUAGCAGUUGACCAUUAAAAAGGAAAAAGAAUCUCCUCUAUUGUGUUAAACCCUAAUGCAUACUGAUACUUAUUCUGUAUUUUGAGCAAUGUAUCAAUGUUCUUUGCCAAAUAUGUUCUGGAGAAAAUGCCAUCCUGCCUAGAUUGUAAGAUAUCUUUGAAUAACAAACAAAUAACAAAAUAAUGAACACAUUUAAAUAAUUUAAUUAUUAUAGAAGAACAUAAAGUAAAAGUUAAAAAAUUUUGGAUAAUGUGUUCCAGUUAUGCUGCUGGGAAUAAAGAAGGAGGAGCGCUCACUAUUUACAAUUACUUUAUUUCAAGAUCGAAAAGUCCAAAUACAUGUUCACAAUUCACAAAGUCAUCAAUAAACUGUAUGCUAUGACAAGCAAAUAACAACAACAAAAAUAAUUAACACGUUUAAAUACUUGAAUUAUUGCAGAAGAAGAGGACACAUUUUGAACGAAUAACACGUUGCUUGCUUGGAACAAAGAAACGGACCGCUCUCUCUCUCUCUCUCUAUCUCUCUGUCUCUCUCUCACGCACACACGAAUUUUAAUAUGAAGCUCGUGACAUGCAAAUUUAAUAUUAAUUCAAAUGACAAAAAUACGAUAUUUUGAAAAAUACUAUACCACACAAAAAAUGUGUGGUAUCAAAGCACAAUAAUAAGAAUAAAGAAUAAAAAUAUUAGUAAUAAAUAAAGAUAAAAUAAAAUAUACACACUGGAUCUCUGAAUGAGUGAAUAUGUGUACAGUCUAUCAAAAAAUAUAAAUAUUUCACACCUUCAUCCUGUUGUCGUAGUGAACUGUCUCUGGCUUCUGUUUUGCAUCACCAAGUAUCUCUACUGAUUGGUGCAUGGUGCUAAGGAUGCAGACAUUCUUUUCUUUUUCUUGAUAAAUAGUGAGCGUUGCCCUGUCGCUCUGCAUCACUUUGGUCUCGUAUAGUCCAGCUUUCUGGUGCGCAGAUGGAGACAGUGACCUUUUUAUUUUUGUUGAUGGUGCCAACCAGGCUGGUGUUUUUUGCCAGGAGUUUGUGGGCAAGGGGGAGUGAGGUAAAAGUUAUCUGUGGUUAUAUUUCUCCACUUCCCUAAAAAAAGGCUCCAUCAGUUUUGGAAGCACACUCUUCCCCGAGGCUCUGGGUUGUGGGGCGACUCGGAUCCCUCCCCAGAUAGAGAUAUCCAUUCAACAUGUAUUUAGUUUCCACAUCAGCAGCGAGCCAGAACUUUAUGCUGAAUUUGUCAGGUUUAUAGGGCAUAUUGAGUGAAUAGUAAUUUCUGCCCCUGGUUCAUAUGAAGCGAUGCUGUUUUCAAUUUGCCUAUCCCACACCUCACUGACCAGAGCAAAGUUGUCACUUGACAGUCAGAUGUGCCUUGUGUCCUUUCUGUCAAACCGUAGGGAGCGCAUGAUUUCUCUGUACCUGUUCCUUGGCAUGGAGGUGUUAAAGAAGGGAAGACCCAACUCUUUUGACCACAAGUGCUCCACGUCCAUGCUCCCCCCGUGAUGCACUCCCCUGGCUAAGAGGAGUGCAAUGAAAGCCUUCAACUGCAGCAUUACACGAUCCAUCAGGCACAUGAAUGCACUCAGAGGGUUGUCAAUAUUACGGUGUAAGUGUGCAGUUGGGCCAGGUCCUCCUUUCACAAUAUUUUGUGGUGCGGUUCUGGCUGUACAAGUGUCCAGACAGUCCUGUCCUUGCCAGUCUCAUGCACGGAUCCGGUGAUGGUUGCGCCAACCAGUGGCGGAUCUACCGGGGUGGCAUGGGGUGGCAGCUGCCACCCUAAAAUAAUGCCUUGCCUCCCCUGCUGCCACCCCACUUGGCAGCAACGAAUUCAAAGAAAAGUUAUGGCCAACUUGACUUUUACGAGCGCGAAUCUCUGAUGUCCUACUGCACCGAAUGCAGCACGAGAGCGUCAGAGCGGCACUACUGGACCUUUUCUUUGUUUAUUUUAUUUUUAAACUGUGUGGCGCGAAGCAGAGGAGCAAGGAGAGAAGACACGGGAGUAAAGAGCAGAAAUGAAGAGGAAAGGUAACAUACACAGUUUUUUCGGACCGAAGAGAAAAGCCAAAGAGAUUGAAAAUGAACAAUUGAGCAAGGUAGACGGAGGACAUGAGGUGAAAGGAGAGAGAAAAGAUGAGGAAGGAGAGAGAGGAGAGGACGAGGUGGAGAGAGAGGGAAAGGAGAUGGAAGGAAAGAAAGAAGACAGAGACGAGUUGAAAGGAGAGAGAGAAGGGCAACAGAAACGCGACAGAGUUCAAGGCCAAGGUGACCAGGGACAGGAGGAGGUGACAGAACACAGCGGAGAUUAUAUGGAGGGAGUGCACCACCAAGAUGAGGACGGAGAAAAUAAGAGAGAAGAUGAAGUACAGGGCUCAGAAAGAGAAAGGGAAAGGAGCGAACCAUCACCAGCUAUCUCCAGUCGAGCUGGUCCACAUGACAUAUCUAAGUCCAGGUGUGAGGUGCCUAUGCAACCACAGCGAGGCAGCUUCCCCAAGACCCUCCAAGGAGGAGCCAGAAGAAGCUUUCAAAGUGACUGGUACAAAACUUACCCCUGGCUAGAAUAUUCGCAAUCAAACAAUUCAGCUUACUGCUUUGCAUGUAGGCAUUUUUCCCUACCUGAUGCUCCAAGGACAGUUUUCACCUCAUUUGAAGGCUACUGCAACUGGAAAAAGGCAACCAUGAAAGACAGUGGUUUCCAUUCUCAUGCCAGAUCUGAAGGUCACAUAAAUGCCAUGUUUGCUUGGAGAGAGAACAAAAAAAAUUUGGAUAAAAAUAGCUCAAUGUUUGGGUUAAUGGAUGAGCAAAACAAAAAGCAAGUUGCUGAAAAUCAGUACUAUGUCAAAACACUUGCUGAAAUCUUGAUUCUGACAGCAACUGAAAACAUAGCUCAGCGGGGUCACAGGGAGUCUGUUGACUCAGAAAAAAGAGGUGUUUUUCUGUCUAUGUUAGACUUGGUGGGUAACCAUAACCCCAUUAUUAAAAAAAGACUUGAACAACAAGCUAAGAAUGCAAAAUACACCAGUAAAACAAUACAGAACGAAAUACUGGAAUGCUUGGCUUCUAUGGUUAAAGAAGAAAUCAUCCAGGAAGUUAAAAUGAGCAAGCAGUUUUCGGUUAUUGUUGAUGAAACUAAAGAUGCUCAGAAAAAAGAGCAAAUGUCAUUUGUUCUGCGAUAUUUUUACAAUGGUGUGGUUCAUGAGAGCUUUCUGGAAUUUGAAGUGGCAGAACACCUGCAUGCUGCUGCCUUAAGUGAAAAAAUUAUAUGCUUUCUUGAAAAGCAUGGGCUAGAGUACAAGAAUAACCUUGUAGGCCAGGGCUACGAUGGUGCGGCAGUAAUGCGUGGGACACAUGCAGGUGUCCAGGCAAAAAUAAAAGAAGUGGCCAAACAUGCCUUCUACAUUCACUGCAGUGCACACUGCUUGAACCUAGUCAUAGUUGACGCUGUAAAAAGUGUGGCAGAUGCAGGAAACUUCUUUUCAUUAUUAGAGCAAAUGUAUGUGUUUAUGUCUGGGUCUUAUGUGCAUAACAAAUGGCUGGAAGUGCGACGAGAGAUGUUUGAUGGCCCACCAAGAGAACUCCAACAGCUGAGUGAUACACGCUGGGCCUGUAGACACAUAGCAUGUCGCAAUGUUAUGGACAGGUUGCCAGCAAUAGUACAAGUGCUUGAAGAGAUUGCAUCUGAGAACCAUCCACAAAGAGCUGUUGAAGCAAGAGGGAUAUUGGCCCAGAUUGAUCUGAAUUUUGCUGGCUCUCUUGUUCUGUUCAGAAAGGUCCUGAGUGACUCCAAAUUUUUAUCAGACAUGCUCCAGUCUAAAACAGUAGACUAUGCUAAGGCUGUUGAACUUAUUGAAGCACUCAAAGAGACACUGGUCCAGUACCGUAGUGAAGCCUCUUUUGAUGAAAUGUGGAGUGAAACACUUGAUUUAUGUCAACGAAGUAACAUUGAUACGACUCAGCGAAAAUCAAAGAGGCCAAGACAGACAACAAAGGUGCUUCAAGAUACUGUCAUCCACUCCACCUUGGGACAGCAUGUAGUUCCAGAUAGCAAACACACUUUUUGUGUCUCUGUGUACUAUCCAGUUCUGGAUAACAUGAUUGGAGAAAUAGGAAGACGAUUUUCCAACACAAAUUGUGAUAUUAUGCAGGGUGUUCAGGCACUAAAUCCAUCAAGUCCAACUUUUCUGAGAGAGGAUGCUGUACUGUUAUUGGCUGAAGCUUAUGACUCCAAUAUUGAGGAUCUCAAACACGAGUUACAUCAGACGAGGAGAGUACUUGAUAGAAAAAAGGGGGAAAAUGAGAGUCCUACCACUCUAAUGGAGUUCACUCGGUUUUUGGACCCAUACCAGGAUGUUUUUUAUGAGUUGUUCAGAUUGUGUAAAAUAGCAGUUGUUUUACCUGUGAGCAGUGCAUCCUGUACUCAGCAUUGAAUCAAAACGCACAAAAGCAUUAGAUCUAGAUAAAUUUGUAAAACGUUUUGCUGAGCAGCAUGGAAAUCGCCGCAUUCAACUGUUAUAGACAUGACAUUGGAUAGUGACUAUUAAAUGUCUCUUUCUUUGUUUUACAGUGGUGGGAAAAAAGUGUUCAGACACCCUUAAAUAUGUCCCCAGUCUCAACUUUUAUGGAACCUACUUUAUGUUUUUAAUGUCUUUAAAAUUUAUUUAGAGUUUAGCUAUGACUGUACUAAAAUAAAUUGUACUUAAAGACUUAAGAAUGAUUCUUAAUGCAAUGUUCAAAAUGCAUGGGCCCAAAAACUUUUUCACUGUAUGUAUAAAACUGUCCAGGAACAGUCUACUCACAAAAGUUCUUUGUACAUUUUAUGACUGGGAGCAAGGUUUAUUUUCAUGUGACUCCUUUCCAGGUUUGUGGAGAUUUUAAUUUAACAUACUCUUUUGUAAUGUUCUGUAUUUGAUAUGAUUUUAUUGGUAAAAACCUCAUUUGUCAAAAGUAUGCUCUGAGUAACCAUUAAAAGUCAUGUCCAUUCCUU